AUGUCACAAACUACCAAUGAUAUUGAUAUGCCGGACACAAAUGUGUCUUCUAUUACAAAUCCUACAAAUCAAUUAGUUAAGGUGGCCAUGCAAAAUAACAUCCAUAAUGACCCUACUACCCCUAUUAAAAAUCACAGCACUACUAAUAAUACUACCCUUCCUAGUGGGCAAAUUAGUAACAAUCCGUCCAUUAACCACAAUCUCAAGAAAGAUCUUUCAUCAAGAUCUGCUUAUCCACAAAGGCCUAAGCAUGCUAGCCAAAUGGCAAUGACAGAAGAACAUCCAAGCCAAAUGGCUAAAAAUCCAGCACACGCAAAGGAUUUGGGAACUCAGCCUAUAAACUCCACCCUUGGGGACUCAAACGAUAUACAAAAGAUAUCCCCAAUCAUUACCCUAUCAACCAAUCCAUCCCUUAUACCUAAUAGCUCCUCCCCCAUGCCUGAUUUAGAAUUAUUAAGUAACCUAAACACUGAUCAUAAUGCCAACAUUACCAUCAUCCCUAAGGAGGAGACAAAGACUUCUCCAAAUUCUUCGACAAACCAGAAUCACCAUGGAAAACCUCUCACCUCUCCAACCUCAACUAGUAAACCCUCGAAUAAUUUAUGUUCAACCACCUCAAGCUCAAGACUAUCAACCUGUAUCAUGGAUGGAGAUGGAUCUGAUGGGCCAUACAUGCUCAUUCAAUGUCCAGAUAAAUGGCCAGGACUCGAUUAUCAUCCUCCACAACACUCAGUAUCUAGCCCAGUUAGUGACAGAAGGCAUAAGGUUGGCCAUGAACAACUACCUCAAUCAAGCAUGGCUCAACAACAUCCUUCAACCCUUAGCACCAUCAGUGAACCCCCAGCUGGUUCAUGCAAUGAGGAACCAGUGGAACCUUCCUCGACAUUUCAAUCCAAUCUAUCCUCAAAAUGUUUUAAUGGACAUGCCAUUCUUCAUGCCAGAGAAUCUGUCUCAACUAAACCCUAUUUUUCUUCCAUGGGAACAACCUCAACCAAUCCAGGAGCCUCAGAUACCACAACAACCUCCCUCCCCACCCCACAAUCAAGUGCCUAUGCCAGAACCAGUAGAGGCAGAAAUGGAAGAGGAAGAGGAACCCCUAAACCUACUCUUAGAAAGAGUCCUAGAAAUCUCAAGUCUCGACGGAGUAAAAGUGUUUCUCUUUUCAGAGAGGCAAGAGAAGAGGCAUGUUCUCAGCUGCCCUCUAGCAUUAUACAAAUGAUCGAUGGACAUAAGACCUCCACAGGAUCCAACUGUAGGCAAUCGAGCCAUGAUCCUAGUUCCAUCAUUAAGGGGGAACCCAGUUCUAGGGGACGUGAAGGAGAAUGGGAAUCCAACGAACCAAAACUUUAA